AUGUCAAAACUCAUUGACGAUGCCGGCGAAAUGUCUGGGAAUGUUCCACGUCCACGCUUUGAUGAUGUCCAUCAUAUGAUGGACGAAAGCUCAGCACAUUUUCACCCGAAACGAGGGAGGAAGUUCCGUGGACUGCGUCAACAUGAAUAUCCUAUACAAUUCAACCGGCUGCAGUACAACGAGUUUCAUCCGUCCUCAUCUGAUAAAAUUUCCCACUUUAUCUCCCAGGUCUGGUCUUCGAAUUCAGGCCUUAUUCAGUCUGUGCUCAAGCUCUUCAGUGAAGUUGCCGAUUGCUGUUUGCUCUACCUCUCCUCAGCUACAGCACAGUCUAGUCUUCGUCAGACUAAAACUUUUUCUGGAUCUCUCUACAAUUGUCUAUCGAUAUGGAGCCAGCAUCUGUGUUCUCUUGCCCAACUUACUCCCAACGCUCGUUUUCUUGGUCUUGUUGAUCUUCUCUCUCGCGGCUAUGCCAAGCAAAAUAUCGUCUAUUUUGGUACCAUCAUUUCCACUAUUAUCGUCAUUUUUGUGUUCCUCUCCAUGUAUAUGUUUGUCCCCUACGAUUACACCACUGCAAAUGUACCCAUUUCUAAGUAUAAUAUCGCCACCAAAAUAAACCUCAGCCGUUUUCAUCAGCACCAUUCUCCUAUUCUCCAGCUGAAAGACUUGAUG